AUGCUUCAUCACUGUAUUGAUACUGAUCAAAAAUUUCAAAAACAAAUAUGCACGUUAAAAGAAAAUAUUAUCAGAAAUAAUAAUAACGAGAACUUUUUACAGCAAACAACAACAGAUGAUCUUCCAAUUUUACGGUCAACAUCAAAUGAAUUUUCACUACUACCGUCAAAACGUGUACGAAGAGAAUCAGCAAAUGAUAUUGAAAAUGUAUUAUCGAUUUAUGUUAAUGAAAGUAUUUCAAAUACAGUUGAUAAUAAUGAAAUAUUUUUAAACUGUUUAGAAAGUAGUACGAUGGACGAUGUUGGAUAUGUUACACAUAGUAAUAAAAUCGAAUUAAAUGAUAUUAAAAGUAAAAUUUGUUGUGAACUUCAGUAUAUGAUACAAUAA